AUGCUGUGUACCGUGUGCAAUGAUGACAUAUAUGACAAUGAAGAGAUAAAGUGUGCAAAGUGCAAAACAUUUUUGUAUUUCACAUGCGCUGGUUUCCGAGAAUCUAAUUUUAGGAAAAUGAGUUCUAUAAACAAAGGAAAAUUGUGCUGUUCAAACUGCAAAAAUACAAGUAUGUCAAUUUCUGAUACACAUAAUGAAAAAGAAAUCAUACUGGAAAAAGAUUCAAGAAAAAUAUUAUUGGACUUAAAAAAUUCAGUUGAUUUCAUGAGUAAACAAUUUGAUGAUUUUUCUACACAAUUGCGAGACAUUACAAAAUCGGUUAAAGUUAUCAGCGGAGAAAAUAAAGUAUUAAAAGAACAGAACAGAAAAUUAAACUGAAAAAUGAAUUAACGGUAGUUAAUAAAAGAAUAAAUAUCAUAGAGCAGAAUCUAAUUGGAAAUCAUAUUGAAAUAAUUGGAGUUCCUGAACAAACGAAAGAAGACUGGAAAAAUAUUAGAAACAAUUUCAAAAGUCUUGGGUGGAACUACAUCUGUGGAACAUGUGUAUCGUACCCGUUCAAAAGUCCAAAAUAAACCUGGGAAAAUUGUAGCUGUCUUACACUCGAACAAUAAUAAAAAAACACUGAUGGACCUGGCAAGAAAGAAGAAAUUAAAAGCAAAGGAUAUCAAUACAGAAUGGAGCAAUGAAGGUAUAUAUUUAAAUAACGUUUUAACUCAGACAAAUAGUAACUUAUUCUAUAAGACAAGAAUGUAUGCCAAGGAAUAUAAAUAUAAAUAUGUUUGGUGUAGAGAUUGCAAAAUAUUUUUGCGAAAAGACGAAAAAAAUAAAGUUUUUGUUAUAGAGGACGAGUAUACUCUAAAUAACAUUGUUUAAUAGGGGAAAAAUAUAUAUACAUUAUAUUUAUAUUUAUACAAAUAAUUACCCAGUUAAUAUUUUUCCAAAUUAUUAUGCAUGUUACUAAUAUGUUAGAUUCAUUUUUAAAUUAUAAAACAAAAUACUUUGACUCUAUUACUGAAUUUGUUUAUACUUAUAAUAUAGAAAAUAAGUUAAGUAUUAAUAUUUUAUGUUGUAAUAUUAGGAGUGUAAAUGCGAAUCUAGAUGAACUACUUUUGUUCAUAGAAAAUGAUGGACAUAAAAAUAAUAUAGAUGUUAUUGUGUUAACUGAGACUUGGCAUGAUGUGUAA